UAUUUUUAUAUUUAAAAAUAAAAAAUUUGAUUUGAAAAGAGGUAUAUAGAUUGCUAGAUGUCACACUUUUCUUGCUAACUUGAUAGCUCGACCCCCUCCUUUUUCCUUACUCUCUUCCUGCAAAAAGUGACAGCAAUGGAGGCUAAAAAUUCAGCACCAUCGGUUGAAAGAAACAACACCGAAGCACAACCUGAGGUGCAAAAUGCUGAUCAACAACCUCUAAUGGUAAUGCCAUUACAAGCUCGAAGGCCUGAAAGAGAAGUCUUAGUAUAUUCUGCACAUCCAUCAGAAUUCCAAUUACCAAGCGACUGGACAGUUGAAGUGAGAAGACGUGCUGUUGGUAAAUAUGUUGGAAAAUAUGACAAGUUUUUCUACGAGCCAACGACAGGAAAGCAGUUUCGAUCACUAACAAGUGCCUGGAAACGUGCUUAUGGUCAAGAAAAUCAAAAUAUGGCAACACAACUGGAUGAUCAUUUUAAGGGUUCACCAAGUUCCAAAUUACAUAAAUCGAAAAAGAAGAUGAAAAUUUCACAUUUUGACUUUGCAAAUCCUCCUGAGAAGAUUACUUGGGCCCUUACUAAUGCUGAAAAGGAUGAAUGGAAUCCAUUUGUUGAAGAAACUGCGGUUCCAGAACUCAUAAAAAACCAUUGGUUUGAAACAUUUGUUUUUAUUGCCAAUGGAAAUGGCAAUGCAUCAAGCUCUAAAGGAAAUCAUUAAUGCUUAUAAGUAGAAAUCAAAUUCAUGGGAAGAUGCAUUGCAAGAAUAUCAUGGAGUUGGGAAAAAAGAAAAAGAAAAACAAAGAAGAGUUGUGCUUGAUGAACUCUUAUAAUUGUCUCCUUUUUUAAGACUCAACCAAGCUAGUAGUUAUUAGAUAGAAUAUUUACUGUUUUUCUUGGGACUAAUGCUAUUUUGAGUUCCUCUUCGAUCACCUUCUCCUUAUGCAGGUGUGCAUUGUUAUAUUA